CAGCUAACGUUAUACUGUUUACUUAAAUGCUUUGUUUCAACUUACACUUCUUAACAAAGUCGAGGUUAUUACAAUGCGUUUGGUGUAACGUUACUGAAUAUUUUGGUUAAUCCACUAGCAGCUCCCUGGCUACUUGCUCUGACUGCUGCAACUAACGGCUACUUGGCAAACUAGCAUUAGCUAGCAAGCUAACGCUGUCUCAGGCAUUUAGCCUACCAAUAUUCUCUUGAAGAGAGCGUUCUCCUUCGGCGGUAGGGUGAUUGAGGGCAUUGUGUUGGCUUCCUAUGCCUCUGUCGGUUCACACAUGAAUAAUAUCCUCCUGGAGUCAGAGAUGCUGGACUGUCUCAGGCUCCUCUCUCUCACGUGUUGAAACCCAGGCCCCCUUCCGAGCAAAAUGGCCGAUGUGCUUCUCCUCCGGGUCAGGCUGCGCUCUGAGUCUGCGUGCCAAACACGGCCAAGGAGGGAAAAGAUGCAUUAGACAAAACGGAAGCUUAAUCAACCGCGGAGUGGCAGGAACGCAAAUCGAACGGAGCUGUCAUUUCACGUUAGCUACAAUGACUUUCGACCGGUUAUUAUCUAGAGCUGUUUAUUUCAGCAAAGUUGGAUCCAGGUCUGUAUUCACAAGCUCCAAGCCGGACACUGCUAACCCCAACUGGUUUCGAGUGGGUCUUGCCUUUGGAACAUCUGCUUUCCUCUGGGCCUUGCUCUUCAAGCAGCACAGCACAGAUGUACAUGAGUACAAAGUGAGGAAUGACCUGGAAUAACCCAUCACACUGGAAUGAGGUCGCCUGGACCAGUCUAAAGGAAGCACCUGUUUGUCCGCUUGUUUCUGUUCUCCGCUGUUCCUGAUUCCAAACUCUGAAUUCUGUGUAAAAUAAAAGAAACUACCAUGUGAAA